AUGUACACGCUCAUCUGAAACAGCAAAUCUAGCGGUCGCGAAACGCAUUACAUGAAACGAACAGUUCCAGACGACUUGCAUUAGGUUUUAGACAUGGCGCUUUCUUGCGUACUCGAGCCUGCUCUGUCUGGUUUUAACUUCGAAAACUCCACAAGAAAUAAUGUACUGGAGAAUGGUUCGGAAGAAGGGAAAAUCAAGGCUCCAAAACCCAUGAAAACAGGCACCACUAUUGCUGGGGUGGUUUAUAAGGAUGGUGUAGUUCUGGGAGCAGACACCAGAGCCACCUCUGAUGAAGUAGUUGCGGAUAAAAUGUGUGCCAAGAUUCACUACAUUGCACCUAACAUAUAUUGUUGUGGAGCAGGAACAGCAGCGGACACAGAGAAGACGACCGAUAUGCUGUCAUCAAACCUCACCAUUUUCUCCUUGAACAGCGGCAGGAACCCAAGAGUCGUCAUGGCUGUUAACAUACUACAAGACAUGCUGUUCAGGUAUCGGGGUAUGAUUGGAGCUAAUCUAAUUUUAGGAGGUGUUGACUUCACUGGCAGUCUCUUGUACACGGUUGGCCCUUAUGGGAGCAUGGACAAGGUGCCAUAUCUAGCCAUGGGAUCUGGUAAUCUGGCAGCGAUGGGGAUACUGGAGGACAGAUUCAAAGUAAAUAUGGAUUUAGAGGAGGCCAAGGCACUGGUAAGUGAUGCCAUCCAUGCAGGCAUCAUGAGUGACCUGGGAUCAGGCAACAACAUAGACCUGUGUGUGAUUACAAAAGAAGGGGUGGACUAUAUCAGACCUCACAGAGAGUCCCCUUAUAACUAUAAGAGACAGGCAAAGUAUAAAUAUAAGCCGGGUACAACCCCAGUUUUAUCUAAAACCGUGACUCAGCUGGAGCUGGAGUUGGUGCAUGAGACGGUUCAAAUGAUGGAAACAGGAUCCAGUUGAGCCAAGAAACAUGUGAUGUCAGAUUUUGAUCUGAAAGAUGGAUUUUUCAGCUCAGUUACUGUUUUGACAAACAAAAUGUCAGAAUUUGCUGUAAAUUACUUUUUAUUUUUGAUGUUUAUACUCUUUAUUCCAGCUGGUAAUGGACUGUAUGUGCAGAUGCCAGAAAGUGCAGAGAUAAGCAAUAAAAUAUUACAAUUUCCAGCA